AUGGCGUGGCGGCGGUGAGCGGCGCGGGGAUGGCGGCGGCCCGCGGCUGCCCCCCGGCGGGCUCCGGGGACCGCGGCCUGGCCGAGCUGCUGCUGGAGUUCUCCCGCACCCAGUACCGCGCUAAGGAUGGCGGAGGCGCCGCCGCCGCUAAGGUGGAGCGGAUCGAGCGACGCUGCUUGGAGCUCUUCGGCCGCGACUACCGCUACAGCGUGAUCUCCAACGCCCACGGCGAGGUCUGCGCGCACUACCCGCGGCACAUCGUCCUGCUGGAGCGCGACAACGCCGCCGGCCGCGACCCGUUUGAGAGCACCGUGCAGGUUGGCAAACUGCAGGACCUCAUCAACCGAAGUAAGAUGGCGAGGUGUAGAGGACGCUUUGUCUGCCCAGUCAUUCUGUACAAGGGAAAGCAUAUUUGCAGAUCAGCAACUCUGGCUGGCUGGGGAGAGCUCUAUGGGCGCACUGGUUACAACUACAUCUUCUCAGGGGGUUCUGACGAUGCUUGGGCAGAUGCAGAAGACAUUUCAGAGGAUGAUUCUGCACUGAGAAAUGCAGACUCCCAGCUGUUUGACAAGGUCAGAGGACACGACAUCAAGCUGCUUCGGUACCUCUCUGUCCGAUAUAUCUGUGAUCUGAUGGUGGAAAACAAGAAGGUGAAGUUUGGCUUGAAUGUGACGUCUUCUGAGAAGGUGGACAAAGCUCAACGUUACGCUGAUUUCACGCUUCUCUCCAUCCCAUAUCCAGGCUGUGAAUUUUUUAAGGAGUACAAAGACCGGGAUUAUACAGCUGAAGGUCUCAUAUUUAACUGGAAACAGGAUUAUGUAGAUGCUCCAUUAAGUAUCCCGGCGUCUGUGACCCAAUCUCUCAGUAUAGAUUGGAGUGAGUACCAGAGCUGGGACCUCGUACAACAGACGCAGAACUACCUGAAGCUGCUGAUCUCUAUCAUCAAUAGUGAUGAUGACAGCGGGCUCCUGGUGCACUGCAUAUCCGGCUGGGAUCGAACUCCUCUCUUCAUCUCCUUAUUGCGCCUCUCCUUAUGGGCUGACGGACUGAUCCAUGCGUCCCUGGAGCCAUCUGAGAUUCUCUACCUGACAGUGGCCUAUGACUGGUUUCUCUUUGGGCACAUGUUAGUCGAUCGACUCAAUAAGGGAGAAGAGAUUUUCUUUUUCUGCUUCAAUUUUCUGAAGCACAUCACCUCUGAGGAGUUCUCUGCUGUGAAGUCACAGAGAAGGAAGAGUUUGCCACCUGGCUUCACCUUGGAAGAGAUCUGCAUGCUCAAGCAGAGAGACCGAGGCAGCACCACAAGUCUGAGCAGCGACUUCUCCCUGGGGAUGGAGAGUUCCCCUGGAGCAGCAGGGAGCUUCACCUAUGAAGCAGUGGAGCUGAUGCCAGCAGGAGCACAGGCCCAAGCAGCAUGGAGGAAGAGCUGUGCAUCAUCACCUCAGGCCGUGCUCUGGAGCAGGGCACAGCAGUCUGAAGACCGGCUGCCUUCUGCAGGGAUGGUUGAAGUCAAGUCCUCCAGCUCCUCCUCAUCAACCCAUUCUGAUAACUUCCUGAGACUCGGAAGCAGCCCGCUGGAGGUGCCCAGAUCCAGGCUAGAGGAAAUGAGCCUGGAGACCCUGCUGAGAGUGGGUGGAAUUGUCAAGGCAACGGAUGAACUGAGCUUCUCUUUGAAACCAAGUCUUCUGGCACGAUUGUGCUCCUUUGCCUCGUAGUCCCUUGCCAGAUCAGCCAGACUCUGGUCUCUGCCCUGCCUGCCUCCUCAGGAUACAUAACACUGAUAUCAGCUUUGCUAGCUGAGGACUUGAGCAGUCUAUUGCCUUAUUGAAUGAUGACAUGGCUUACAUCUGUGUGGCCUGAGCAUGGUACGGUUUAUCUCCAAAUAGAGAUCUCACUCAGCUUGGCUGGGUCAGUCUGAAUUUGCCCAGUGAACUUCAUGCAGGUAAUGGUUAUCACAGUAUCUUCAGCCACCAUUUUUCAUCUUGAAGGAAAAGCAGAGUCCUGUUUUGUGGGGAGAAAGAAUAUAUCUGUGGUGGAAGGAAGAGUUAACAUCUGCCAUUGUUCAGGGAGUGAGAGGACUGGGAUGGAAAGGCUGUAGCACAAAGACUAAUCAUGAUGCCAAAAAUACCUUUAUCUCUGCAAUACUGCUGCAGGUUAGCACCCUAGCCUCUUAAGAUGAAGAAACUACUGUACUUGACUUCCUAAUACUCUGGUUGUGUGGCCAUAGCAACAAAACACUUAACCACUGCAGCGGCAGUAGAGGAAAAGUGGUUGCUUGUAAAAUGCCAGCAGGCACCCUCCAGGCAGUUCACAUAAACAGCCCAGUCCAUGUGCUGGCAGGCAGGGAGCUCAGCAGGGAAUGAGAAGGGAAAGCAAGCUGGCCAAGAGAUGAGCAGCACGUGAGCAAGCUGCUGGGCAAGGAGCUGGGGUGUCCAAAAGGAGAGAGCUGCACAUGCCAGGUGAGCCAGUAGGAGCCAAGCCCCUCUCCUAGCUGGGGUGUGACAGCAGCCUCCUUGUCAGCCCAUCCUUUGACUCCUGCUCUCAUCCAGAUGUCCUGGGUACCCAUAUGUCCCUGGGUGAUUCUCGUUAGGCAGAGCAGUACAAAGGCAGAUUUGAAAGGCAGACUCUCACUAGGCAGCCUUUCUAGCUCAUCCCAAUGGUAAGAUCAAUCUGGUGAGGGCAAACGUGCGUGAAGAUGCAGCACAGAAGAUUUGCAGAGCAGGACAAGGUGCAUCUUGUUCUACAAAUUGAGAUCUCUGAGUACAGCAGACAGUGUGCAUCGACUCAAACUCCUUGCAUGUGAAUGGGCAGCGUUAGAUGCAAACACAGGACAUCAUUUGCAAGCUGCUAAUAAUCUAAGCAUCCCAUGACACUGCAGGAAAACCCUGUAUCUGUGUCAGGGAUUUAGUGUGUGUGCACAUACUGCUAACGUGGAUUAGCAGAUGGAUAAUCUUCGGUUGAAUGUGCUUUUGCUAAGUCAAUUAAACAAAAGCUGUAGUACUGUAGCCUGAA